CAAAAGACCCAAGAGUGGAAACUAGACUGAUUAAUGCAGUCGAGUCGAAGAAGACCGGAGCCUCCCCCGUCGAAGGAAAAAGAAGUCCCAUGCUUCGCAUGACAGUAUUAAUCCUACAAUCACGUUACGACAUCAACCGCAAAUUGGUCAGACGCUGAAAUAAGUCAAACAGAGAAGCCGUUCGACCAUGCACUGCUGCACCUGAUAAUUCCUUUCCCCCCAGAGUGGCCCCUGACGCCCUCAACCCGGUCGCUCUUCUCCGACAGGCGACACCGCGACAGUCUCCGUUCUGCUGCAGCCAUGGCGAAAUCUUGCUACGGCGAAGACGGCAUUUACCGAUCACUGAGACCCCCUCUCAAUCUGCCCCCAAACCCCAACACGUCCAUGGUCGAUUUCCUCUUCCAAAACUCUUCGUCUUUUCCAAACAGCACCGCCCUCAUCGACCACGAUUCCGGCGAAAUCCUCACCUUCUGCCGCCUCAAAUCCGUCGUCUGCAACCUCUCCCACGCCCUCUCCCGCCUCGGUAUCCGCAGAAACGACGUCGUCCUCAUCUUCGCCCCCAAUUCCAUCUACUUCCCCAUUUGCUUCCUCGCCACCGUCGCUCUCGGCGCCAUCGCCUCCACCAUCAAUCCUUCCUACACCGUUCGCGAGAUUUCUCGUCAAGUCAAGGACUGCAAUCCAAAGCUCGUGGUCACCGUCCCCGAGCUCUGGGACAAGGUCAAGCAAUUUGAUCUGUUGUACUUAUUUAUAAAACCGCCAAUCUCGGUCAAUUGCUCGAUUAGGUCAGAUUGUAAAACUUGGCACUUAUUCGAUUUAAUCAACAAGUUGGACCAAGCUUCCGAUUUGCCGGAAGUUUCAGUCGCACAGGGCGACGCCGCGGCGCUGCUGUACUCCUCCGGCACGACCGGGACCAGCAAGGGGGUGAUUUUGACUCAUCGAAACUUCAUCGCCGGAGCCCUAAUGGUGACGGCGGAUCAAGAACUGUACGGCGAGAGGGAUAAUGUGUUUCUAUGUUUUCUUCCGAUGUUCCAUGUGCUGGCGCUGUCUUUGAUUGUGUAUGCGCAGCUUCAGAGAGGGAACGCUGUGGUGUCAAUGGCGAUGGAGAAGUUUGAGAUGGAGAAGGUUUUGGGGGCGGUGGAGAAAUUCAGGGUGACGCAUUUGUAUGUGGUUCCGCCGGUAAUGGUUGCUCUGGCGAAGCAGAGCGCGGUGAAAAAUUAUGAUUUGUCGUCGUUAAAGAUUCUGGGUACCGGUGCGGCUCCUUUGGGGAAGGAUGUGAUGGAGGAGUGUGCUAAGGUUCUGCCUCAGGCUGAUGUUAUGCAGGGCUAUGGUAUGACAGAAACAUGUGGAGUUGUGUCAAUGGAAGACCCCAAGACAAGAUCUUGCCUUUCUGGUUCAACAGGAACGCUUCUUACUGGAGUUGAAUCUCAAAUAGUUAGUGUUGACACAUUGAAGCCCAUUCCUCCAAAUGAGUUGGGGGAAAUAUGGUUCCGAGGUCCAAAUAUGAUGAAAGGUUAUUUGAACAAUCCACAGGCGACAAAGCUGACAAUAGAUGAACAAGGUUGGGUUCACUCUGGAGAUCUUGGAUAUUUUGAUGAGAAGGGAGAAUUAUAUGUUGUGGACAGGAUUAAAGAGCUUAUUAAGUGUAAUGGCUUUCAGGUUGCACCAGCAGAGCUUGAAGGGCUGUUGCUUGCUCACCCUGAGAUAUUAGAUGCUAUUGUCAUCCCGUUUCCCGAUGCUAGAGCAGGCGAGGUCCCAAUUGCAUAUGUUGUUCGUUCCCCCAACAGCUUGCUAACUGAGGCUGAUGUUCAAAACUUCAUUGCUGAUCAGGUGGCACCAUUCAAAAGAUUGAGAAGAGUAAUUUUUGUAAGUAGUGUUCCAAAAUCACCUUCAGGGAAGUUACUGAGAAGAGAGCUUAUUGAGAAAGUUCGAUCAAAGAUGUAAAAACUGCAAUCCAUUUAUGUGUAACUGCUAGUUUGGUUGUUUAUGGAUUAAAUCAAGAAAUUAUAUAUAACAUUUUUGUACUAUAUACUAUAGUUUAAUCGGUUCACAUUUCAAAAA